AUGGCUGAGCUUAAAAAAGGAGAAAAUUUAGCAUUGCAACAAGUUAAGAAAGAAGUGACGCUUUUUAAAGUCCCUUCGGCAGCUCAAGCCCCGAGAAAAAAGAAGAAAGUCCUUGAUGAAGACAGCUUCGUUCACAAACUGGAAUCUAUUAUUCAACGCGAUUUUUUCCCUGAUUUGACCAAGUUGCAAGUGCAGGCCGCCUAUUUAGAAGCUAUGGAAACAAAUGAUAUAGUCAAGCUAAGGGAAAUUUAUGAAAAAUACAGUGUUGGUCCUGGUGUUCACGAUUCACGUAGAGGACACGCCACCCCAUCAACAUUUGAAACACCUACAAGGGAUUUUCAAGAUUAUAUGUCUGUUCACAGUGCCUCUAGCACCACAUCCAAAAGAACGGCAAUAGAUGAUCAAGAAAGUCUCGAUGAAUUUCUAUUCAAAAAUACAAGUGAAGACAAUGAAAGCUUUGAGGAAAUGAUGGAUGAAGCCAAGCGGAAGCACAGACUAAAGUAUUCCUGGUUAUAUGAUGUUGAAGACAACAGCACGUCAAAGCAAGAUUCGACUUUGGCCCUUCCAUCUAUUGAAAAGCAGGCAAUUGAGGAUUCAAAGCCAGCAUUGAUUGAAACCUGGAAAUACAGAGUCAAAAACUCCAUUAUGUAUGUUCCUGAAGGAGCCCCAUAUACUCUGGAAGAAAGAGUGAAAUAUGCCCUUGACAAAGAUCAUAUUCAGUACGCCAAUACGCAUUACCAGUCGAACCCUUUCGACGAAUCCCGAAACAGAGAAGCGUUGCAUAAAGCAGCUCAAUUACAGACCAAUACGAGACAGGGUCAUGUGGACGUUGAUGGCAAGGAAAUAAAGUCCAACGCGCCACCCACAGUUAACGGGUUCGACUUCAUGAAAACACCUUCGCCAGUACCGGGUGUUGGUGAAUCACCCCUAAUGACUUGGGGAGAAAUUGAGGGAACCCCGUUUCGCUUAGAUGGUUCAGACACUCCUCUUCCGUCUUCCUCAGUUGGAGUUGGCGCCUUCCAGCUGCAGCCCGUGUCCGAGCGGGACAGAAUUGGCCACAAAUUGGCGGAAAAAGUCGGCCAAGGUUACCGAGAUCGCCGUGGAAGAAAUCGAUCCUCCGCUACUCCAAUGGCUUCACCCCGUUCUAGUAGCGGAACACCUAAAACCGCCGGAACUUUGAGCCAAAGAAUUGCGCUCAUGUCCCCUGCUGCUCGACGGUUGGCGACUUCAAAACUUGGCAUCCGCCUCAGCACCGAUCCAGCUUUGCAAGCAUCGUAUACUCCGCGCCGUCGAUCGGGAGAUGAGACACCAACACCAAUUCAUGGACGGACACCUUCCACUCCAUCUUAUGGAACGCCACGAUCCUCACCGCUUGUUCGAGCUCGAGGUUCUGGCGCCGCUAAUCUGACCGACAAUCUUCUCCAGUUACCCAAACGCAAGGCUCAAGAUUUCUUUUAAAAUCAUUCACUUAAAUUAGCAUUGAAUAUUUGAUAGCCCCUUUACACCUGGUUGAAGUGUUGAGGGGCAGACUGUUGAUAGACCUGAAUGAAAUGGCUGAUAAGCUUGAAGCGAAUACAAAUGAGGUUGGCGAAAAGACUAUUUGUCUUUUCGUUGAUUUCCUCUUAAUAAUUGAAAGAA